AUGCAUGGGCUCUUCGCCGAGCAGUUCAUACCCGCGGGCAGCUUCAUCAUGGAGUUCAAGGGAGAGCUCAGCAGCGCGGAUUCCUACCGCAGGGACCCACGAAACAUGUACGACUUGAUCGGAUGCACCAAGCCGCACGUGCACAUUCUACCUCCUCCGCUCAACAUUGUCAUCGACGCAAGACGAUUUGGUAACGAAGUCCGAUUUGCUCGAUACAGCUGCCAUCCCAACGCCGUUAUUAGGCCAAUCCUUUUUCGAAAGCUUCCCCUGGACCCUUCUUCAGGCGGAGCGGCCGGCUUGCAAGAAGCUGACAUUGAGCCCGAACUGCUCUUUGGUCUGUUUGCCAUAGGCGACAUCAGCAAGAUGCACGAAAUCACUGUUGGCUGGGAGUGGGAUGACCUGCACAUCGUCCAUCUUCUACCGCGCUUGGUU